GACGAUUCAAGGUGUGACCAAAGAGAAAUAAAAAAUUUUUUUGUAGUUUUGCGAUCCGUGUUAUAAAUAUCAUUUUAUUGCUUACAUAUAAUAUACACAUAUAUAUUAUAAUAUACAUAUGGUUUUUUUUCUAAGUGAAAUUGUGUUUCCUUUCAUUUUGAUGUUUUAAAAAAAAUUUCAUACAAAAUUAUUUCGUGAAAAAUACACGGGCUAAACAGAGCACUUGGAAAGGAAGAAUCAUAUACAAAAAAAAAAAUAAAAACGAACAAAAGUUAUAAAGUUAUAAAAAUUUAACACUCUAAAGGAAUAUAACAGUAAUCACAAUACCAAACAAAAAAAAGGAGAGAAAUAAUAAUAACAGUAAUAACAAAGCAAGGGGAUUUUUAAAAUACACAACAAUUCGUUUUCUUAUUGUUAUCAGUGCACCAAAUUUAUUGUAAUAAAAUCACCAUAAAUUCUUUAAUAAAAUGAGAAAACAUUAAAAAAAAUUAACAAAAAGGAUAAAAUUAUAGCAAAAUGAACUCUUCUUUAAUUGAAAUUUAAGUAUUUUAUUAAAUAUCUUAAAAUUAAUAGGCGAAUUUUAUUAGUACGAAAAAAAAAGUGUAAAAAUCAAAAAAAAAAAUUAAGAACCAAAAAUACCAUAUUUUUUUACCACCGUAAUAAAAUUUAAUAGAAAAAACAACAAAUUAAUCGAUUUGAGCAAGAAAAAUUACCGUCUAUUAAGCAAAAAUUUAUUAAAAAGAACAGAAUAUAAAGAGAUAAGUGAAUUUUAUACCCACACAGACAUACAUUCUACUAAACAUACACUUAUGUAUGUUAUAUAGUGAAGGAUUAUAAUAUUAUAGAAAUAAUUUGAUUAUUGAUAUUUGAUAAAAUUUUAUAACAUAUUUGAGAAAACACUACACAUACAAAUAAAAUAAAAUUUAUGAAUUUGCACACAUAUAAUACAUACCUAUAAGCAUUAAGUGUAUACAUAAUGAAAUUAAUAUAACUGUAAAAAUUCAAUUGUGUUGACAUUGAAUUGAUUUGUUUUUUUUUUUAUAAGGUGAAAUUUUUUGUAAAAUUAUAAUAAAAUACAAAGCAAGACAGAAUUACAUAAUAAAAAUUGUAUUAGAAUAUUGUAGUAUAUGUAAAGGUACUUAUGUACAUAUAUAUAAUAAUAUAAAGGCAGUUAAAUACAAUAAACAAAAACAAAAAAAAUAAAUAAUAAAAAAUUAACGAUCCUUUUUAGUAUAUGCGAAUUUUUAUUUUAACAAAACCACAUACACUUACACCAUAAUAAUAAUUUUGUGAUUCAGUUUAUCGUAUAUGUAUACCUUUUUAAUAAACAAUAAUUCAGAAUAACUUUUGAUAUAAAUAAAUAAGCACAUAAAAUUACGUACAUUAUAAUAAUAAAGGUUAUUUUAUAAAAAAAAAUUUUUUAUAUAUAUUAUAUAAAAUAUAUAGAGGAAAUAAGAACCUUUAAUCGUUAUCAAAAAUGUUUUCAAUGUGUUCAAAACCAAAACCAAGAACUCCACCAAAUAUUCAUGCGCACGGUACUGUUGGAAAACAGAUCAAAGGCGGAUAUUUACUUCGCUGGAAAAAGCAACUUUUAUGGAAUCGAUGGUCAGAAGAAUGGGUGGUCCUCUACGAUGACUCUACCAUGGCCUGGUUCACGGAACCAGGGCGUUCAUCACCUUCUGGAAAAAUAUUGGUUAAGGAAGCACCAGAAAUGUUAGCAAUAGCACAUUGGACUGGACAAAUUCCAAAACGACCACCAUUACCUGAAGGAUGUAGUGUAUCACAAUUAAUAGCACUCGGUUCUAGAAGAAAACGUUCAAAAGUAUAUUGGAUGUUAGCAAAAUCCGAACAAGAAGUGAGCGAAUGGAUCAAUGCUAUAACUAAAACUCUUCCACCACCGCCACAAAUUGAAUUAGUUAUGGAUAAACCUCAUCUGAUGAAUGUUUUACGGAGACCUUUAGUGCGAAUUAGACCGGCCACAACAAGUGAAGUAAAAGCAAGGAAAUUACAAUCAUCAUCAUCAUCACAAGCAACAACCUUAAAUCCAUUAAUACGUAGUGAUGCAGCUGUAGCAAUAUUGAGUAAAAAACCAAAUGAUUCCAAAGCAUCAUUAGCUUGUGUGCUGCCUUGGGGACAUGGAUGGGGUUGGGCAACAUUACCUAAUGGUGUAUGGAGUGGUGGCUUGACAUGGUCUCAAUGUGAGGACACAUUUACUUUGCACGCAUUACCAACAACACAUUGCACUAAUUUAAUUGAAUCAAGUGCUGCCGGCGGUAUUUAUCAUACUGAUAUUGGAGCAUUCGAUUGGCAUAAUGGCGUCGAAGAUAUAGGUGGCGAAGAUUUUGAUUAUGCUAUGGAUUGUGGCGAUUUUAUAUUUUAAAUUAAAUUUAAUUUAAAUUUUUAACAUAAAAAAAUAUAAA